AUGACACCGAACAUGAGGUUGGUGUGGUUGCGUGAAAAAUUUUCAUCGUGGACAUUGUUGCAAUUUGCAGAAAAAUCCCAACAACAAAAGAAAGGUGUUUUACUUUUGGACGAAAUUUUCUUGAGAACAAGUCUUGAUGUGAAAACUCGAACACUAACAUAUAGUGGUUUGGAAGAUUUUGGAGGAGAUAUUGAAAGUAAAAUUGGAAGUUCAGAAUUAGCGGAUCAUGCCCUAGUAUUUAUGUUCCAGAGUUUAGCAGACAAUGUGACACAACCUAUAUCUGUCUUUGCCUCAAAAGGUCCAGUUAAAGGAGUAGAUUUGGCACAAUUAAUAAUAAAAGCGAUUAUUUUAUUGGAAGAUGCAGGUCUACAAGUAAUGGCACUCACUUGUGAUGGAGCCUCAACUAAUAAAACAAUGUUAAAACAAUUUGGAGUCAGUGGUAAACGCGCAGAUUUAAAAAAUUAUUUUUCCAACCCUUAUGAUGGGAAUAGAAAUGUGUAUGUUUUUUCUGAUGCACCUCAUAUCAUUAAAAAUAUCAGAAAUCGAUUGUUCCAAAAUAAACAAUUAAAGGCAAUUAUUACAAAAUAUUUAUUCAAUUCAACCAACUAUAUAUGAUAUAUCUAUAACCAUUGAUUUUGGAAUAGAUUAUCAAUGCAAAACUUAUUAAACAUGAAAUUUGAUGUUAAUUAUUUAAUUAUUUCUAGUUACAUCCGUCUAAUAGUUUUAUAAAAUGGGAACAUUAUCGCCAAGUAUUUGAAAAUAACUCUAAGUCUAUGCUGAAAGUAUGUCCCAAAAUUACAAACAUCACAUAGUCUUAAAUAAUUUAACAAAAAUAAAAGUUAAAUUUGCAACCCAAAUUUUUAGUAACUCCAUGGCAGUGGGCUUACAAUUUUAUCGUUCACAAAAUUGUAAUGGUCUUGAUGAUUCAUUAGAAACUCAGCUAUUUACAACUAAAAUUAAUGAUAUGUUUCACGCAUUGAACCGAAAAUUUCCUGCAGAGGGCAUUAGGGAGAAUAGCAAGGAUUUAGAGGUUUUUUUUAUGUUAAUGCCUGUGGAUGAGCUUUUGUGAAACAUAAGUUAAAACAUAUUAUGUUAGUUUUGAUUAAUAUAAUAAAUGUAAUCAUAUUAUGUAAGUAAUUAUGC